CCUAUCUUGUAAUACAACUUCCGGUUAUAAUAAGAUGGCACCUCGAGAUGUCAAGUUUGUCAAUUUUGUGUUAAUGUUCAGUACUUUUACGAUCGUUUUGGGGAUAGACCUUCCUCAUUUAAGUGCAAUACUUUCUUUAGAAAAGGAAAGUACUCGGGAUGAUACAGGGUCUCUUGUAUUGUACGCAGGAACCGAGCAAAGAAUUGUAUUAGUUGGGAGCAACUUUGACAACGCGACCAGCAUAGCUUUCACGACAGAUAUACGUUCACAGAAGGAAACAUGUGAUGGCCAGAGAACGCAGACAUUCUCGAUCAUUUCGACAGCAUAUAACGGGACAUUAGCUACUAUCUUGGUAAACUUGCCUGUUUUAGAGAGUGGGAGUUAUUAUUAUGUAUGUUAUUCCGUUGAAGGAGUUGAGAAAUGGGAGCACGGAGGCAAAGAAUCGUAUACGCGCGUUGCUGUGAAGGUCAAGGAAAGUACCCUUCUUCCACUAUGGAUUCAAAUUAUUUUCAUUGCCUUUCUUUUGUGUCUCUCAGGAUUGUUCAGUGGAUUGAAUUUGGGUUUAAUGGCAUUAGAUAAAACUGAGCUAAAAAUUAUUGCAAAAUGUGGCUCAACAUCAGAGAAAAAGUAUGCUAAGGCUAUUGAACCUGUGCGGAGAAGAGGAAAUUUUCUCCUUUGUACUCUUUUAUUGGGAAAUGUACUUGUAAAUAACUCUUUAACUAUCUUGUUGGAUGAUUUAUCCAAUGGUUUGUACGCAGUCAUUGGUGCAACAUUGGGCAUUGUUAUCUGUGGUGAAAUUAUACCUCAAGCCCUGUGUUCCAGACAUGGACUUGCAGUUGGAGCUCGGACAAUUUGGAUCACAAGGUUUUUUAUGUUGAUAACAUUUCCUCUUUCUUUCCCUAUAAGUUUACUCUUGGACAAAGUCCUUGGGGAGGAGAUUGGAAAUGUGUAUGACAGAGCUAAGCUCUCAGAGUUAGUGAAAGUAACCAAAGAGUUCAAUGAUCUUAAAAAUGAUGAAGUCAACAUUAUCUCAGGAGCAUUGGACUUAUCCAAAAAGUCUGUAAAGGAAGUUAUGACAAAGAUAGAGGAUGUUUAUAUGCUUGACAUUAACAGUGUGUUAGACUUUGAAACAGUUUCUGAGAUUAUGAAACGUGGGUAUACUCGCAUUCCUAUAUAUGAAAAUGAUCCAGGCAACAUAGUAGCUCUUCUAAACAUUAAGGACCUGGCGCUGAUUGACCCUGAUGAUAAAACCCCCAUAAGAACUGUGAUCAAAUUCUAUCAGCACCCUUUGAUAUUUGUAUUUGAUGACCAAAAACUAGACACUAUGCUUCAUGAGUUCCGUCAAGGUCAUUCACACAUGGGGAUUGUUCGGAGGGUUAACAAUGAGGGAGAUGGAGACCCUUACUAUGAAACCCUGGGGGUGCUGACCCUAGAAGAUGUCAUAGAGGAAAUCAUUCAAUCAGAAAUCAUUGACGAAACGGACAUAAUUACGGACAACAGGAAGAAGACACGCCGUACUCUUGCCAAGCAGGACUUCAGUGUGUUCAACACCCAGGAGGCUAACUCAGUGCUUAUCUCCCCUCAACUGGCCCUCGCUGCAUUCCGCUUCCUAUCAACCUCUGUUGAUUAUUUCAAGGAUGAUUAUGUGUCUGAAAACGUAUUGAAGAAGCUGAUCAGACAGAAUGUGGUGGAAGAGGUGGUCAAGAAGGAGACCUCCGAACAAUUCCUAUUCCGUGAGAACGUGCCGUGUGAUUACUUCAUCCUCAUUCUGCAGGGUAGCGUUGAAGUACUGGUUGGCAGAGAAGGUCUUCGUUUUGUCACCGGUCCGUUCUCCUACUAUGGCACUCAAUCAUUGAAGAUAAGUGACAACUCUAUGAUCUACCCCAGCAGUACUGAGAGUCUGUACAGUCGUAUAGAGCCGUACGUCCCAGACUUCUCGGUCAGAGUGGAUUCCAACCUUCUCUUUGUCAGGAUACGCCGCGCCCAGUACAUAGCAGCACGACGCGCCACCAUGAUGGGGAAAGCCAACAUCAAGAGCGAGGAUGAGGCCUUCGCCAAAGAGUGGCACAAAGUCAAGAUCUUGUCCAAUCUGUCCAACAAUGACAACCAUCACUUGAACAGAGUGCAUAACCCAGAUAAGAUGAGGAGGGCCUCCAGCUUGUCAGUGCCCUUCACCAGCAACCAGAUAGAGUCCGGGAGAAGCUCUGGGGAGUGGAAGGUCAACAAUUCAUCGGACGGGGGGAUCCUGAUCCAGAACAUGGCAGGUGACUGUGAGAUGAUAGAGACCAGAGAGCGGUCAGCCACGGAACCAUGUGAGGGACAUCUAGACCUACAACAGGGGGAGCCAAAGGGGAGUUCAGGGGAGAGCUUAGGAUAUGAGGAUGCAAAAUCAGACCCCGACGGUCAGUCAGAGCGGCAGCAUGAACAGACACCUUUAAUCACCCGUAAAGACAAGGACGAAAGCACCGAAACGUCAUGACAAACAUUGUACAAACCACCUGAAAGGCAAAACAACUGAGCCUCACUUGUUAUUAUUACUUAUUUGUUACAUGUAUGUCUCUCUAAAGAAUAUAUCAUUGUCCUAUUAAUGUUUAUAGGUUCACGAAGGAAAUCUUGUUGAUGGUUACAAUUCAAUCUGAUUUCAUGAAAUUUGGCCAACGAUCUCAUGGUUACUACAUGUACAAGCUUGGACCAUUUAGCAAUACAAAUGUAACUUAUACAUAUUAGAUUUUGAGAAACACCAAGAUACAGUUAAAAAUUCAACCUACAUUUAAAACUUGAAAAUUUAUGUUUUUAAAUUUCAUACAUUUAGUGCAAUAGUCAACAAAUUCAGUUAACACAAAGAUAUUGGCAUCUGGGCAGAAUUGUUGGAUCUAAUUGUUGAAUUUAAGUCAUUUGAGAUCCUCUAUUACGACAGUAUUCAGUGGUGUUUUGAGAAUGUUUUCUGUAAUUAUCAAUCGGCUAUGUGAUAUACAUUGUGAUUAUAUGACAUAUAAAAUACGGUUUUUCGAUAGGCAUAUCAUGUAUUAAAAUUGGUAUAGGUUUUUAUCAAAACAAUGUGCAUGUAGCUCUUACCAUUAGUAUUGCUCACAAUUCAGUCAUGCAAGACAAAAUAUGCAUUUAGAAGGAAUUUGCUUGUGUUCUGAGUAGACUGUAUAUAGUAUGUUCAUGUAAUAUAUAAGUAUUUUUUUUUUUAAUGGAAAUCAUGAGACAUUAGGAAGAUAUUGUUAGAAAUGUAUUUAGAAAUGUAUUGUAGAUAAGUCACAAAUUUGUGUCACAAUUUUUAAAGUACUUAUUUAUGCUUUGAGAUAAUUUCUACAUCUGUCAACUAAAUUAACUUUUUUUCUAUGUUCAAUAUUCAAAAAGGAAUCGAACCUACAUUCAUUCAUGAAAUCAUUUGGUUAUAGAUAUAGACAUGAGACAUGUAUCUGUCAUCAUGAAAAGGAAAUGAAAAUUUUAUUCGAAAAAUUUAAUUUGCUGCCAUUUACAUGUAAAAAAUAUCUUAUCCUAUAAACUCUGUUUUUUUUUAAUAUUGCGAAUUUUUGCUUGCAGUAAUACUCGUGUGAUAGGUGUAAAAUGGAGUAAAAACUGUCAACACUGUCUCGUCAAUGCUUGUAGUCAUCAUCAUUAGUUUUCAUGUGCAAGAUUAUUUGAACAAAUGGUACUUGAAUUAAAAUGCACUUGACUUGUGGUACACAUAUUCUUACUUAUUUUGGGCAUUUUUUUUCUUUUUUCUUUUUUUUAUACAUCCACCUGCACAUGGUAAUAACUUAAUGUAGCAUAUUAUCCCAUGGAAAAUAUUGACUGUGUUAACAAGUGCUUAAUGUUGUAGGAAAGAGAUAUUGUGCUUAGAUUCUGAGCCCUAUUUGUUGUGUGAUAUAUUUCAUGUUUUUUGUCCAGUAUUUGAUAUUAAUAACAUCGGCUUGUAAUAUUGGUUAGGCAUAUUUUCACUCUACAUUCCAUAACAUGUCAAAAAUGUAAUUUAUUCUAUAGAUGAUAUUUGUUUUAUAUUUUUUUUAAAUCUAUACUGAACAAAGUACCCAAUAGCUGAUAUUUUGAUAUUUCCAGAUAUCUUCACUGUAAUCACUGAAUGGCCAGAUCUUGUACCGAUAAACAUUAAAAUCUAAAUAAAAGACUAAGAGUAACAGUUCCUAGUCCUUUGAUGUAAAAAAAAAAAGCUAAAUAUUUAAGUAAUAUUAUGAUUUCUUUUUCAAUUAAUCAUCUUUUUCCGUUCAGGUUGUUUUACAACAUUAUGUUCACCUAAAAAAUUAAGCCUCAUGUGGCAUAUUUCUUUAACAAUAACAGCAAGGGAAAAAAUAUGCCAUUCUUUUUUUAACUAUUAUGUAAAUCAAAGUAGUAAGGGGAAUUAAUUUUGAGUAAAUCUGUGUAUGAUUUUAUUUUUGAUUUUUUUUUCUUUCUAUUUGUGAUUUGUAAGCCGUCCACUUAUAAAAAUAGUCAUCAGCAACAAAAACUACUGUAUUAGGGAAUCAAAGUAUUGAUUUGAAUAUUCAUAGAAUAUAUUAUAUAACUUGAAAUGUUGAUAUCUUGAAAUGUUGGUUGUUUUCAUGUUCAUCUGAGUUCUAGUCUUGUUUUGUUACUGUUUAGGAAAGAAAGAGCUUUCGCGAAUAUCAUAUUAACCCAUAAUUAAAAUGGAAGGAAAAUGUUUGAGACACAUUUACUGUAUUUUGACUUUCAGAGCUUUUAUCAUGUUUUGGGGGGUAUUUUUCAGUAUUGAAAAUGCAUGUAUUAUGUAGUAUUUAGAUUUUUUUGUUGACUGCCAAAGAUAUUUACAGUCUAAGAUUAGUUAUUUUUUGUUAGGAUCAAUGUUGAAAUGGUGUAGGCUUCUAUUGCAUUAUGUAUACAAAUCUGUUUUUAUAAGGACAAACGUAUGACUGUAAUUAAACUUAUUGGCUUAUUUUUCCAUUGAAAUAACCAAUAUAAUUUCCCAUUUGUGGUAAAUUUUUAAAAAGAGCUUAGUUUGAAAAUUUAGGAAUGUUAAUUUUUAAAAGUUAUAUUAGACUCUACUAAUAAAGAAAUUUUCUUUACUUAUGAAAAAAAACCUUUUACCGGUAUUUUAAAAAACACAUUUUCCUGUGGAGAUUUUCUGAAAUCUUGCAAAUGUCUGAAAAUUUUGUUUGUAGUGUCCACAAAGCCUGAAAGGUUAAUGAUUUUAUCAGUUUCUCUUAAUUUAACAGGAUGUCCAAGACUGUUUACCUUUACACCUCCACAAGGCACAGAUAACUGAGUUGCUUCCUCUGCUAAGUUUUUUCCUAGUUCUGAAGGAUAAGAUUAACAUAGGGGCUUUGUACAGUGAUCAGGUAUAGAUGAGGGGUGCUGUUUAACAAAAGAAUUUAAUGUGUGAUUUACGGCCUGAAAUUAAAAUUCUAUGGAUUUUCAAUUAAACUAAAAAAUGUUUUUGGUUAUUCAAAUAAUUUGGAAGUAAAUGGGGUGUAUGUUCAAUUUAGACUUGAAAAUUAUUUCAUGACUACAUUAUUUCAUUCACAUUAUUUACCUUAUCCCCACUGAAAUUCACCAAAAGACUUAAUUAGUUUUGAGCCCAAAUUACUGUAGCUGUGUAAUAGCAGGUUGUAUGGACUUCUGUAGACAUCAAAAUGCAUCAUUAAAUGAAUCAUGUAUUUUUUUGAGUUGCAUGCCAGCAAUUAAUUUAAAUACUAUGACACAAAUUGCUUUAUUAUGCUGUUCUUUUUAACAUCUUUUAAUCAUAUCUUUCUUUCUUUGAGACAUCUAUAUUGUGUAUGUACAGUAUCUGUUUUUUUAUAAUAAUUACUGUGCAGAAACUACUGUUGUUCUUUGGGUAUUAAAUGUACAUGAAUCAAGACAAUGUUUUCAGACAUUUGAGAAAUUGUGUUGCCUAUUUCUUAACCAUGAUUAUUUAACCUAUGGUCAAGAAUACAAUUCUUGUGAUGUGUACAUAUAUUAAAAAGUUAUUAAUAAAGACUGUUAAGCAGAA